AUGAACUUAUCCAAGAUCUCGGGGAUCGGGUUCGUGGGCCUGGGCGCCAUGGGACUGCCCAUGGCCGGACACCUCGCUACAAAACUGCCCGGACAGAUCAAGCUGUUCGUCUACGACAUCAACCAAGCCAGUGUGGACCAAAUACUCACGGACCACCCCGAACGAGUGGUCAAAUGCACAAGCGCCAAAAACGUGGCAGACAAAUCGUCAAUCAUCCUCACCAUGCUGCCUGAAGGAAAACACGUGCGGUCUGUAUACAUGGAUGGCGGGGCCGACACGAUAUGCGCGAGCGACGUAUCCGGCAAACUUCUGAUCGACUGCUCGACGAUCGACACGGCCAGCAGCGUGGCCGUGAAAAAGUACAUCCAGACGAAAUCCCCUACGACAUCCUUCUACGACGCCCCUGUCAGCGGCGGAGUUGUGGGCGCGCAGAAAGGCAUGAUCGCGUUCUUUCUAGGCUGCGACGGCAACGACCCUAACCUACCGUUCCUCACGCAGCUGUUGAAGUUCAUGGGCAAAGACAUCAUCCCGUGCGGCGGGCUGUCGAAAGGACUCGCGGCGAAGCUGUCGAAUAACUAUCUCUCUGGGAUCAUCGCGAUUGCGGUAUCCGAGGCGAUGGAUAUGGGUAUGCGAUCAGGUCUGGAUCCGCGCGUCCUAGCAAAAGUCUUUGCGGCUGGCACGGCGCAGAACACCAUUUGUGACCGGUUCUGUCCCGUGCCGGGCGUCUAUGCUGAAGCCCCCUCGUCGAAGGGAUAUACCAACGGAUUCAAGGUGCAGUUGAUGCGCAAGGAUUUCUCGCUGGCUUUGGAGAUGGCGAAGAGGGUAGGUUCGCGAAAUGUUCUCGGUGACGCUGGGCUGGCUACUUACGAUGGUGCAAGCAAUGAUCCGCGGUGCAAGGAUCUGGACUCGAGAGUGGUGUUCAGGUAUCUGGGAGGUAACGAGGACUGGAAGAAAGAGGCGGACGACUCGACGGCGAAGACACUUGAGUAG